CUUUCUAAUACAUUACCCCGUGUCCAUAAUGAAAUUGAUGUAACAAUAUACGCAAACUGCAGAUUACAAAAAAAUUGGUAUAUUUGUUAAUCAGAAGUGGUUGUAGUAGUAUCUGUAUAAAAAAAAACUAUCGAAGGGCAUAGCCAUGCUUCAGAAUCUACUUCACAGGUUCUUACAAAUCAGGACGUGUCUGUUUGCUUUAAACACGGUACAAAGUAUAGUUGUGCGUCAAAAGCACACUUUUGAUCGGACUCCACUCAAGCCAAAGGUCCGAUGUCAUUUUCCCAAACCUCGAGAAGUCAAACGAACCAACGUCCAUGGCUUGGAUUACCGUCUACCGACAACUGAGGGAAGGCAUGUUCUAAUGCGCCGUAUUCUUAAAGGCGUAUAUAAUCUGUCCCAUUAAAAUUUUUUAUUGCCAAAAAUAUUGGAAUUAAUUACAGUUUAGUGGCGUGUA